CCCUCCAAAAUCCACGCCAGACUAACAUGGCCGCCUUUCCCAAUCAAGGUAUUGUCGCCAGUCAAGCGAGUUCGGACUUAAAGUACAGUUUCGUUCAUGGAUGUCAGCUUGUUCGGGGUCCUAAUAGUUAGAAAGAAAACCCCACCGCAUUCUGGUUCUGUCCAAACAUGGAACCGUCUGAAGAUUGCGACGAGGCCUUUUUUGUUAAGAGUCAAACCAAGUAGUAAUCAUGCAGAGCGGCGAGGGACGGCAACGCAAUACGGGCUUUUGAAUUGAAUAAGCGAGGAGCGGUGUGAUGUAAGCGUCGACUCAUGCCUCACACACGGGAAGUGGUUGAAGCGUGAGCGGCACCCACGGCAAAGAAAGGUCCCCGGCUGCGCCGUUAGCUUUCCACUGCUAACCUUGCUCAUGGAAGGCGAGCACAUCAAUGGAGUGUCGCCGCUCGACCGGUAAGCUCCUUCCUAGUCUCCCGCAUCCUCAUUCCCGACACCUUUGUUUCCUUGGAGGAGGUAAAGUGAUUUUUGUUCUUGUUGUUGUUAUCCGUCGUCGUUUCCGGGCUUGUGGGUCCACACGCUGUUAAUGUGACACACGUGCGCGCCGGCCCUUUAAGAGAAUCAUGACAACACGGAAACGCUUCCUGUGCAGAUUCGAAUUGUUUGUUGUUGUUGUUUUCGAUAAAACAGUGUUAAUUGGCCAACUUUUCAGAAUGGCAAUGUAUUUGGUGUAAAUAUUAUUUUAAAAGUAACAGUAAAGACCAGUUUUAAACCUCAAGUAUCACAUGUGAAACAGUUGGCAUUCUCAUUUUUUUUUUUUUUUUGGUCCAUUUUUACCACAAGGAAAAUGUAUGUAGUCCACAUUAAGCAGAUUUGCUUUGCUUCUUCGCUGGGGAGACGCUUGUGACGUCGGCGCAAGUCGUGGCUGGUGACACAAUUCGACUCGGACCGGUGCGCGUUUGACGUGAAUGACUGUGAGUGGGCGAUCGGGCAGAUUUGCAAGACUUAAGUGAUCAGUUUAAUUGCUCUACUCUGCUGCUCACUUGCUGACGAUGACGCCCUGCUUUGAGCUUCUAUCCCGCAUGUUGACGUCCGACACACUUGACCCUUCUGAAGCAGCAACUUGCAAACUUUUUUUUUGCUUCAGCGCCUCGUUUGACUUUUAAAACUGGACAAAUAGGCCUGGUCACCCAUUAAAAAAAAAGGACUAUCAUGGGCCCACCCGGCAUCAGCCGAGCCGUCCACCGGCUGGAGUUCUGCCACUGCAAGCAAGGACUUGGUGUGAAGAUCAUCGGGGGCUACCGAGAAAUGACAGGAGAAGACUUUGGCAUCUUCAUAAAGAGAGUCGUAGCCGGUGGACUGGCUGCGCUUGACGGUCGGCUCAAGUCUGGUGACCUGAUUGUGGACGUGAACAACAUCAGCCUGAGGGGGGUCACCAAUGAGAGGGCGGUGGAGAUCCUGAGGACCGCAUCGCUGUCCAAUCACAUGUCUCUCCUGGUUGCCAGGGACGAUGACUCCAAGCGGGAGUUUUCCGAGCUGAUGGAGAAGUACUGCUCCGGUCCCUUGGCGGCGUCCGGUCGGCUCUCGCCGACUCAGCAGUCCGCAGGGAAGCUGCUGGCCGCCGCCGUCGCCUCCUCAUCUGAGAGCCCCCAGCUGCUCAGCCCCAAAGAGGGGGUCUCGCUCUACAGCCCCGUGGCCACGCCUGCCUUCAGCGACAGCGUGAUCCAGUUGAUCUGCAUCGCCAAGGGCAGCGGCCUGGGCCUGGUCAUCAAGGGCGGCACCAACCGCGCCGAAGGCCCUAUGGUCUUCAUCCAGGACAUGGUGGCGGGAGGAGACUGCCAGAAGGACGGCAGGCUGCAGGUUGGGGAUCAGCUGGUGUCCAUCAACAAGGAAUCUCUCAUCGGCGUGACGUACGAGGAGGCCAGGACUAUCCUGACGCGCACCAAACUCAGACCAGAUCCCACCGUGGAAGUGGCCUUCAUCCGGCGCCGGACUUCCUCCAGCUCCAGCAGCGGUCCCCACAGUCCUGUCGUAGGCCCCUCCGGGGCCAUCAGACCCCCUGCGCCCGCUCCAGUUGUGGUCACCAAGCUCACCUGCAGCCGCAACCCGGCCAGCGAGACGCUGCCGCCCGUCAACGUCUGCCAGGUCCGAGUGAGUCCAGUCAUGAGCCAACACGCAUGCGUUUCGUCCUUAGAUGAGUCUGAUCUCAAUGUGGAUGGCUGUCAUCUGAAAGUGGAGCAAGUGGAAAAGGCUCUGGACCUGCUGGGCCUCAAUCCUUCGGACGCUCAGCGCCAGGCGCUCUGGUCCCGACUGCGAACCCAUCCGCCUGGCGUGGUGGCCUACGCUGAUUUCGAGAGCGCGACCAGGGAGGUGUUCAAGUCUCAGCCCGACGGGCCGGCCGCCGCCCAGCCGGGGUCAAGGUUCACGUCUGAGGACCUGUUGAAUCUGCUGGAGGUGCCCGCUCGCCGCCAGUCAACGCCCGAUUGGGCCGACACGGCCGAGAUGGAUCGACUGAGGAAGGAGAACGUGGAGGCUCUGCGGGAGGUCAAAAGGCUGCAGGAUCAGCUGCUGGAGUCUCACAGGGUUCAGCGGCAGAUGGAGGAAGAGCUGGACAGUGUCAGACAGGAAGCCAAGGCGGCCGCGGAGGAAACACAGACGCUGCGGGCACGGGCGGAGCUGGCCGAGGAGGCCCGCAAGCAAGCCCGGGGGAUGGAGAUGGACUAUGAAGAGGUGGUCCACCUGCUGGAGGCCGAGAUCGCCGAGCUGAAGACUCAGAGGGCCAAAGAGCCUCUUCAUCCUCCUCCUGCUCCUCUUCCGGACAAUAAGGAGGACGUCGAGCAACUGAAGAAGGCGGCGGCCGUGCUGCAAUGCCAGCUGCGGAAGAGCGACGCCGCCAAGAAAACGUUGGAGACGGCCACCGCAAAACUGCUGACGUUUGUCGCGAAUGUUCAAGAGUUCCUGCUUGAAGGACUCGGACCCACCAGUUGCGCAGACGUCAAGGGGCACGCGAAAGGCGGACCCUCACGACACGAGAGCUCGUGGACCGCGGCGGCGCUGGCCAAGGAAGCGCACCACCUGAGGACCAGCGUCGGGAACUUCCUGGACGUGGACAGAUACCCAAUGGCGCUUGGCAUCGCGCCCGCACAUGCGUGUCAAGAUGGAGGAGACGUACUGUCGAUUGGGAGGCGUUUUUCGACACAAAGCCCAAGUCACAGUUGGAGUUUGUUUUCCAAGCAGGAUUGUUUGUUUGUCUUUGUCAAGCCCAAACUUGUCAAUAAAGUUUGUCUUGCUGUGAUGUCUUCUGGCCACGUGUUGUCUUUCCAGACUUCACGAAAUGCGUUGGCUCUAACUUUCUAUUUCUAACUUUUUAUUUCAUUAUAAUUUUAAUUUGGUAACAAUGUGUGUCACGUUUGCUCGCUUUUUGGAGUUUUUGUUACGUUUCUUCAUUUUAUUGGUGAAAAUUUGUUUAGUUCUU